CACGCAUCAGAGGCUUCACGAUCUGGAGAAAUUUCCGGAGUAUGAAAAGAGCAUGAACCCUGCUUCUCAUCCGAGAACAAACACAGAGGAGAAGCCGUAUAAAUGCUCAGAGUGUGGAAAGGGUUUCAGCCGGCGAUAUAACCUUGCUUCGCACCAGAAAAGCCACACAGGGGAGAAACCACAUGAGUGUUUGGUGUGUGGAAAAAGCUUCAGUCGGAAGAACAACCUUGUUUCGCAUCAGAAGAUUCACACUGUGGAUAAGCCAUACAAAUGCUCAGAAUGUGGCAAAAGCUUCAGCCAAAAGAUAAACCUUACCAGACACCAAAGAACUCACACGGGGGAGAAACCAUUUCAGUGCUCAAUAUGUGGGAAAAGUUUCAGUCAACAGCAUCAUGUUACCACGCAUCAAAAAAGCCACACAGGGGAGAAACCAUAUGCAUGCCUGGAGUGUGGGAAAAGCUUUAGUCAGAAGAUCAACCUUAUCACACAUCAAAAAAGUCACAAAGGGGAGAAGCCGUACAAAUGCCCAGAGUGUGGAAAGAGCUUCAGUCGAAGCACGAGCCUUAAAGCGCAUCAAAGAAUCCACACCGGCGAGAAGCCAUAUAAAUGCACUGAGUGUAGGAAGAGCUUCAGUCGAAGUACACACCUGAAGUCCCAUCAAAGAAUCCACACUGGGGAAAAGCCAUAUAAAUGCCUGGAGUGUGGGAAGAGCUUCAAUCACAGCAUCAGCCUUACUUUGCAUCUCAGGAUUCACACAGGAGAGAAGCCCUAUAAAUGCCUGGAGUGUGGAAAGAUUUUCCGACAGGCCCGAAACUUGCGGUCGCAUCACAGAGUUCACACAGGGGAGAAACCCUAUCAGUGCUCAGAAUGCGGUAAGAGCUUCAGCCAGAGGGUAAACCUGAGGGCGCAUCAAAGAGUUCACACAGGAGAGAAACUGCUGAAGUGCUCAGUGUGCGGGAAGAGCUUCAGAAGGAGUACACACCUUAGGGCACAUCAGAAAAUCCACACAGGGGAGAAGCCGCACAAGUGCAUGCGCUGUGGGAAGAGCUUCCGGCACAAGGACCACCUCACUACGCAUCAGAGAGUACACACUGGUGAGAAACCCUACAAAUGCCUGGAGUGUGGAAAGAGCUUCAAUCAGAAGAUAAACCUUACUAGACAUCAAAGAAUCCACACAGGGGAGAAACCGUUUCAGUGCUCCGAGUGCGGAAAGGCCUUUGGUGAACAGCACCACCUUACCACGCAUCAAAAAAGCCACACCGGUGAGAAACCAUAUAAAUGCUCAGAAUGCGGAAAGAGCUUCAUUCAGAAGAUAAACCUCAUAACGCAUCAAAACACUCACACAGGAGAGAAACCAUAUAAAUGCUUGGAGUGUGGAAAGAGGUUCACUCAGAGCACAAGCCUUAGGUCACAUCAGAAGAUCCACACUGGUGAGAAACCAUAUAAAUGCACUGAGUGUCGGAAAAGCUUCAGUCGAAGCACACACUUGCGAUCCCAUCAAAGAAUCCACACAGGGGAGAAGCCGUAUAAAUGCCUGGAGUGUGGAAAGAGCUUCAAUCACAGCAUCAGCCUUUCUUUGCAUCACAGAAUACACACUGGAGAGAAGCCGUAUCAGUGUUCAGAAUGUGGAAAGAUUUUCCGCCAGGCUAGAAACCUUAGGCUACAUCACAGGAUUCACACUGGGGAGAAACCAUAUAAAUGCCCUGAAUGUGGAAAGAGCUUCAAUCGAAAGGAAAACCUGAGGGCCCAUCAAAGAGUUCACACAGGCGAGAAACUAUUGAAGUGCCCUGAGUGUGGGAAGUGCUUUAGACGGAGCACUAAUCUUCGGGUGCAUCAGAAAAUUCACACAGGGGAGAAGCCAUAUAAGUGUUUGCGGUGUGGAAAGUGCUUCCGGCACAAAGACCAUCUUACUAAGCAUCAGAGAGUGCACAGUGGGGAGAAACCCUAUAAAUGCCUGGAUUGCGGAAAGAGCUUCAAGCACAACCUAAGCCUUACUUUACAUCACAAAAUGCAUACCAGACAGAAACCUUAGAAAUGGUGAACAUAGGGAAAGAAGUUCAGCUUCAGG